CUUUUCUUGAAUCGCCACGAGUGGUAACGGUAGCUGUUGGUUAGCAUAUUUUAUAAAAUAUUACAACAAAAAAUGUCUUUCGCGGACCUCAAAACCGAAAAGGGUGUAAAAGAACUCAACAGUUUUUUGGAAACCAGGAGUUACAUCAACGGAUUCUCUAUUAGUCAAGCUGAUGUUACCACAUUGAGUCAGCUGGCUAAAGCACCUGGUGCUAAUCUACCACAUGCCUUGAGGUGGUACAAUCACAUCAGAUCCUUUUCUCCUGCAGAACUCAAACAAUUUGGAGUAUCUGCAUCUGCUAGCCCAUUAAUAACUGCUCCAACUACAACAGCACCUGCUAAACCAGCUGAGGAUGAUGAUGAUAUUGAUCUUUUUGGCUCUGAUGAAGAAGAAGAUGCUGAAGCAGCCAGAGUUCGUGAUGAGAGACUGAAGGCAUAUGCAGCAAAGAAAUCGAAGAAGCCUGAACUCAUUGCCAAAUCUAGUAUAUUACUUGAUGUCAAACCUUGGGAUGAUGAAACAGAUAUGAAAGAAUUAGAAAAAGCCACAAGAACAAUUGAAAUGGAUGGCUUGAUUUGGGGUGCCUCAAAGCUCAUGCCAGUUGGUUAUGGUAUACAAAAACUGCAGAUUAUGUGUGUUAUUGAAGAUGCCAAAGUUUCAGUUGAUGAACUAGUUGAGAAGAUUCAAGAGUUUGAAGAUUUUGUACAGUCUGUAGAUAUUGCUGCUUUCAAUAAGAUUUAAAAUGUAUCUAAUGGUUCAAUAAAGAAAUUUGCAUGUUUUGUUCAAUU